GAUAGUAUGACGUAACAGACGGAAGCUCAAUGUUCCUCGACGAAAUUAAUUUAUUCGCCGCAAUCAUUAUUCUAGCUCAACGUUAUUUCGUCAAUAAUCCGCCGUCGACGUACAACGCUCACCGAGGGACGAUUCACGACCAUGUCGUUUCGUAAUAUCUUGCGAAAGUGCAUCGAGAAGACGCGUCGUAUGAUCGUUCACGCGCUCAAGAGAUGAAUCGCCGCCGGAUGAUAAUCGAGAUCGUUAUUGCGGAUCGUUAUCGCGAAAUCACGGCGCGCGCGUCUAAGCGAUGUCGAAGCUGACUCGACGCUUUUGGACUUCGGUUACGGGUUGAUCGGUGCGAAACGGAUUCGGGGGAGAGAACUGGAGUCAAUCGAGGGCGAACUUCUGCACGGCCAUGACCAAGUACGGCUUCGCCAGGCUAGCUCUAUGGCGGCCGAGGCGCUCCAUGACCUCCCAACCGACGAACAACCAGGAAACAACCCUCUAAUGGAAGGCGAGGGCGGCGGCGGUCGUUCUGUGACCGGCGUCGGUGGCGGUGGUGGAGGAGGCGGCGGUCGACGGGCACCGAGCCUACGGCUGGUGAACGGAAGGGCGACCACCGGGGUGAGUUUGCACACCAGCAGCACCGAGUCUGUGCGCUCUCCCCAUCACCAGCUCGGCCAGCAGGUCGGCAACAACAACUGCCACGCCGGUAAUAACCCCGCCGCGAACAAUCAUCCACGGCUCAACAAAGAUGAUAGCAUCAAGAUCAGCAUCGAGAACACCAACACUUGUACAGACAGCCUCGUCACUGCUCUAGACGACGAGACUCUGCUCAUCACUGAUUUCCUGGGCGAUACAGGCAACGAGAUGAAUUACAAAGGCAGCGGGAAGGUUCACUUCGGGGUGGAUGACGUGUCUCUUUAUGGCACCCCGAAGGAGGAGCGGCCGGGUCUUCCGGGCCAGGAAGUUAAGCAGAGCUUCUUGAAGAAUCAACUUCAGGCUCUGUUCCAGCCGACGGACAACAAGUUGGCUAUGAAGCUCUUCGGCAGCAAGAAGGCGCUUAUGAAGGAACGGAUCAGGCAAAAAGCCGCAGGUCACUGGGUCAUCCAUCCUUGCUCCAGUUUUCGAUUCUACUGGGACCUCUGCAUGCUCCUCCUACUGGUAGCUAAUCUGAUAAUUCUGCCAGUCGCCAUUAGUUUUUUCAAUGACGACCUAAGCACUAGGUGGAUAGCCUUCAACUGCCUUUCCGACACGAUCCUUAUAGAAAUCGUCGUCAACUUCAGGACGGGUAUAAUGCAGCAGGAUAAUUCCGAACAAGUGAUACUGGAUCCGAAAUUAAUCGCGAAACACUACCUCAGGACUUGGUUCUUUCUUGACCUCAUCUCCUCCAUACCAUUAGAUUACAUUUUCCUCAUAUUUAAUCAAUUUCAGGACUUCAGCGAGUCCUUCCAGAUCCUGCAUGCUGGACGUGCUCUCAGGAUUCUCAGGCUUGCAAAACUGCUGUCACUCGUUAGGUUACUACGUUUGUCAAGACUGGUGCGGUAUGUCUCGCAAUGGGAAGAGGUCUAUAUCCCCCUUUAUCAACAGCCGGAGAGGCACUACGAGCGUCGGGCGACACCGCCCCAACCAGACCGAACCAGCAAGAUAUUGCAGAACCUACAAAAAAAACGCACUGAGCGGAGGGGGCGCCUAAGUUCUGACAAUAUGACUAAAAAGAAGUCCGGUUUCAGCAAAAGCGAACUUAUUUUUAAGUUCCUGAAUAUGGCGUCGGUGUUCAUGCGGAUUUUUAACCUGAUCUGUAUGAUGCUCUUAAUCGGUCAUUGGAGUGGCUGCCUGCAAUUCCUGGUACCCAUGCUUCAAGGAUUUCCCAGUAAUUCAUGGGUAGCCAUUAAUGAGUUACAAGACUCGUUUUGGCUGGAGCAAUACUCGUGGGCCCUCUUCAAAGCCAUGUCGCACAUGCUGUGUAUCGGAUAUGGUAGGUUUCCGCCACAAUCCUUGACCGACAUGUGGCUGACCAUGCUCAGCAUGAUCAGUGGCGCGACGUGUUAUGCUCUUUUCCUCGGCCACGCGACAAAUCUCAUUCAAUCUCUCGAUUCCUCGAGAAGACAAUAUCGCGAGAAGGUGAAACAAGUAGAGGAAUAUAUGGCCUAUCGAAAACUACCGAGAGAAAUGAGACAGAGGAUCACAGAGUAUUUCGAACAUCGCUACCAAGGAAAGUUCUUCGACGAGGAGCUGAUUCUUGGGGAGCUUUCGGAAAAAUUGAGAGAAGAUGUGAUAAAUUACAACUGCAGAUCGCUGGUGGCGUCCGUGCCCUUUUUCGCCAAUGCCGAUUCGAAUUUCGUCUCGGAUGUCGUCACGAAACUCAGAUACGAAGUCUUCCAGCCAGGUGAUAUCAUCAUUAAGGAGGGUACUAUCGGCUCGAAAAUGUACUUCAUACAAGAAGGCAUAGUCGAUAUCGUAAUGGCGAACGGCGAAGUCGCGACCUCGUUAUCGGACGGAUCUUACUUCGGCGAAAUCUGUCUGUUGACGAACGCGAGGAGGGUAGCGUCGGUCCGAGCGGAGACCUAUUGCAAUCUUUUCAGCCUCUCGGUGGACCAUUUCAAUGCCGUGUUGGACCAGUAUCCGCUAAUGCGCAGAACGAUGGAGAGCGUUGCCGCCGAGAGGCUAAACAAAAUCGGAAAGAAUCCUAACUUGGUGGCUCAUCGCGAAGAGGAUCUUGGCAGCGAAUCAAAAACGAUAAACGCUGUAGUAAAUGCACUCGCGGAGCAGGCCGCGCAUGCCAGCGCCAGCGAAGAAUCAGUACACAGUAUGGAGCUUAGAUCGCUACCGGCUUGUCUCUUGCCCAGACCAAAGUCUGAGAACAAUUUCGCGAGCCAAGAACUUACGAGAGAAGGACGGAGGAUCUUCCACAAGAGCGACACUUUCCACAAGGAUUCGUAUCAAUGACGACACUCGUUUUACUAGCAUACGCAGAGAUAUUAAUGGCUCCAUGUUGGAAUAAUAGAACUUUCUUAUCGAUAAAAAGCUGGUGGUUUUGUGCUUCGUGCUUGGGCGAUCCUAUAGCAGCGGUCUAUACCUAGAUAUCGGCCAUGCCACAGUAGUCCUCUAGCAAUCGAUUUAUAGCGCCUUCUUAUAUUAAUCUGACGGCAUUUUCGUCCAAGACCGCAAAACUGACCAGAACAAUCGAAUAUUAUCCUCCAACCAUGAUAUAGAUCCGUAAAAAAAUGCAGCGAUUAAUAUACAUAUAUGUAUAUGUAUCUUAAUCGACGCGUAUAAAUUGUAUGUGUGAAAACAGAGAAUUGGUGUUAAUAUUUUAUAUAUAUAUUACCACUAUUUUAAUAAUAUAUAUAAAAU